AUGCCGCUAGAUGUCACCAACAGCCUGCUAGCCAUCGUCGACGAUCUACUGACCAAAAAAAUCAACCGGGGACAGGCGAACAAUAAGAUGGACUCGCUGUCGUUGAAAGUAAAUCACCACAAGUUCGCGAGGGCAUUGGGGCAACUGAUUACGAAACUGCCGAAUCAACCCAUGGAAGAAGACUUUGGCGAAGCUGAACUUUGUUCACGAUUUGUUGAGCCGUUCCUCUCGGGCCUAUUUGAUGAUCCUGAUAAUGGGGUCUACUUACGUUGGACAAAUGAAGCAACUCUGGAAACGAAGUUCAUGUUUAAAUCAAAUGGACGUCCUGAUCUUUGCAUCACAAAAUCCUGCGGAGUUAAAUGGGCGACAAACGUCGGAUACGGGGAAGCCAAGCCGGCUUCAAAAGACCAGGAUAACCACUUAAUCUGCUGGGAUUUGUUGAAAGUAACCAUCUUCUGUAAAGAAGCAUUGGACAGUCAACAGAUGGAAGGAAUCCUCGGUGUCCAAAUCAUUGGUCGAACGAUCAAAUUUUACGUCAUGACUUUACCGGCCAAGGGGCUAUAUACGCUGAUCGAUUUGGCGGUCAUUAAGAUUCCAGAUUCAUUGCAAAACUUUCCCGGCUUUGUCACUGAAGUGGCAAAUGUUACCAAGGUUCUCGACGUGUUUGAUCGAGUGUGUGUCCCUGCUAAAGAUGUCGCGACCACCAGGAGUCGCCGUUCGUCAACCCUCUCAAUGUCGAUGUUUCAUCAGCUCUUCACAUCAGCAAAGGAUAGAAAGAAACCAUGUCAUUUAAAACUUCGACACAACUGA